CGUAAUAUGACAUGCAGAUAACGACCAAUGCAUGCAACGCAGUGCAGCAUUGGCCGCUGGGGCAGCCGCCGGUCCAAUGAUGAUGCCGACGCGAAGUGAUGCCCGCAUGAGGCGCCCAAUAGCAUCCCGCCACAACGACAGAUAACAGCUCAUCAGCCAAGCUUGCGUUUGAUGCUGAAGACUCGAGAACAUGAGCCAUUGUGGUACAUAACAUUUUGACAUCUUUACUUCUUCACAAAUCUGUAUUCUGCCAGCUCCAAUUCUCUGUUGUACGCCCAGAAACCAAAAACUAGCGCCCAAGCUUCGCUACCGCCAGCUGCCAAAAUGGAGAAGGUGAAGGAGACUCUCGGCAUGGGGCAUAAGAAGGCCCACCACCAGGAGCACGAGCGCGUGCAUGACGCUGAGGGCCUGCCAAGGCAGUAUGAGACGCGCACAGAGACUGUGGAGAAGGUCCCCCAGAUGCGCACCGAGCAGAGGACCGAGCACGUGCCUAGGAUGCAUGAGCGGCAAGAGGAGGUGAUGGUGCCCAAGCACAAGAUCGUCAUGGAGAAGGAGACGCGCACCGUCCCUGAGAUGCACCACGAGGCUGUCCAGAGGGAGGUCAAUGUGCCCACCGGAGAAUACAGAGAGCGUGUGGUUGACCAUAACCGCCACCCAGGAGCUGACACCCACACUGGCGCUCACACCGGUGUUGGCACUCACACUGGUGCGGGUCUGCACACCGGAGCUGUGGGUGAACGUCAUGACCUUGGAACUGAGACCCAUGGCCAUGAGCACAAGAGCACCAUGCAGAAGAUUAAGGAGAAGGUUCACAUGUAAAGUACAUUUGAACUAGACGUGUAAUUGAUGUUGUAAUAAAGCAGAGAAAACGAGGAAAGAGAGUAACCCAGAGAGGAUGAGUAAAAAGGGGAAUUCAGCCUCUCUACUCACGUUUGUCUUCGACCAUUUGUAAAGUAAGAAAUCGUAGCAAAAGAGGAUUUUGUGUAAGUGCACCUCAAUCUAACAAACAAUGACUGCGGAAUUGUAGAAUUGGGGAGAGCGAAGGUUUGUCAACACGUCUUGGUUACGCAUUUGUCACACUUCACUAUAUGUCAGUCUUGCGCUUCAAUUGAAUAUCCAUUGACAAACCACAAGC